UUGGAUUUGGAUUUUCCUGACCUGCCUGCCGGACUCUUAGUUUCUGCCACGAUGUCGGGCACUCAGGACUACGAUCGCAAGUACCUCCUCAGCAUGGCGGGCCUGUGCAAGAUGGCCUGUUUGCUGUGCAGCUUCGUUGGAAUUCUGUGCAUCAUCUGCGGACCGGUGCGCGUGAGCAAUUUUCGCGGCAGCUUCUACCUGGCGGUGGUAUCCAUUGGCCUUGUGGCUACCUUGACCCUGCUCUUGGCCAGAUACCUACGAAUGUGGCAGCGCCCCUUCUGCCGGUGCGAUCCCACACUCUGGUCGUUGGCAGUGCACUCCUCCCUGGCACUGGCCUACUUCACGGCCUCCGGACUCGUUCUGUCCCUCGACAUCGGGGCCUACACGGCGGCAGCGUUUUUCGGGCUGACAGCAUUUUGCAUCAACGCUCUGGAGGCCUACGGAAACUAUAGGCGCAGUCGCCAGAGGGAGGUGGCCACCCAAACCAUAUAGACUUGGAUUCCGGUGCACAAUCCCCGCUUUUCGGUGGCUUUUGCUACCUUAAGCUUGCUCCACAGUGGUGUGAGUACGUAGUAGUAUCUGUGUGAGAGCAAGAAUCUGUGUGCGUGAGAGCGAGUAUCGCUUGCAUUAAGCAUUUUGUAGUCUGGUAGGAGAAUGUGGAAAGCUUUUAUCGCUGGUACAGUUAUUGGAUGUUUUAUCUAAUAGUCGCUAGAUAUGUAGGUCAAGAAGUGAAGAAGAUAAGCCCAGUCGAUAUGCGGAUUAUAUUAUAUAGAUAUUAUAAAGCAGUGAGUGCAACCAAGAGAGAAAACACUGAAAAAAGAGAAACAAUUCCAAAGAGAUAAUUCGUAUUGUGUCUUCUGGCUCUGCUUUUUUUUUUGAUCCCUCUCCACCUGAUAACUGGUUAACAAAGCGUGAAUACAUACAUAUGUAUAUAAAUAGAUUUGUACAGAUUUUGUUGUACCUUAGUUAAGUAAUAUUCGUAUUUGUGUGUCACAAGUAAAUAUACUUUUUAGAUAGUUAGUUGGUAAAUUGAUGCGAAGCACGAUGCCUUUUGUGAAAUAUUUUUACAACCACUGAA